AUGGGGAAAAGGCGGUUCUCGGGGUUGGAGGUGACCCUAAUGGUCAUGUUCCUGUUGAUGACUGUGGCAGCCAUCGCUUUCAUUAUUCUGUUUGUCACCGGAGAACCAGGGGUCAUUAAAGAUGAAACAUCAGAAGUAUUUGUUCCUCGGUGUCCCAACAUCCCUUUGGCUGAACGAAUCGACUGUUUCCCUGAUGCUGGAGCUUCAAAGCAAAAAUGUGAGGCACGUGGCUGCUGCUGGGGCCCACUGGAUGAGAGGAAUGUUCCCUGGUGUUACUUCUCAACCAACCAUGGAUACACAGUGGAAUCAGUGAAGCAGCCAUCUCCUCAUGUAAUGGAAGCCCAUCUGAAGAGAAUGGCCUCUCCUUCUUUAUUUGGAGCAGACAUUCAAGAGCUGGCACUUCAUGCAGAAAUGCAGUCAGACAAUCGACUACGAUUUAAGAUCUAUGAUGCCCACAGGCAGAGGUUUGAGGUCCCCCACGAGCAUGUCAGCAGCCUCAACAGUCACCCAUCCAGCCCCAUCAGUGACACAAUGGAGAUCAGACACAAGCCCUUUGGCAUUACUGUGCGCAGAAGAGAGAACAAAAAAGUCCUGUUUGAUACUACGAUGGGACCACUGGUGUUUUCAGACCAGUAUCUGCAGCUGUCUGCUAAGCUUGGAUCCGAUAAUAUUUAUGGCCUGGGGGAGCAUGUGCACAGGCACUAUCGCCAUGACAUUAAGUGGAGAACCUGGCCCAUCUUCACUAGAGAUGCCUUUCCUAAUGGGGGAACGCAUAACCUCUACGGACACUAUCCCUUUUUCCUCUGUCUGGAAGAUGAGAGUGGAAAGUCAUUUGGGGUCUUCCUCAUGAACAGCAAUGCUAUGGAGGUGACUUUGCAGCCAGCUCCAGCUGUGACCUACAGAACAAUAGGAGGAGUCCUUGACUUCUAUGUUCUGUUUGGAGACACACCAGAACAAGUGGUGCAGGAGUUCCUUGAGCUUAUUGGCAGGCCUGUCCUUCCUCCCUACUGGUCACUGGGUUUUCAGCUGUCACGGUGGGACUAUGGCAGCCUCAGUGAGGUCAAGACAACAGUGGAAAGGAACCGAGCCAUUGACCUCCCAUAUGACAUCCAGUACACCGACAUAGACUACAUGGAGGAUAAGAAAGAUUUCACCUACGAUAAAGUGAAGUUCAGUGAGCUGCCUCAGUUUGCUGACUAUCUCCAUGAGAAAGGGCAGAGAUACAUCCUGAUCUUGGAUCCUGCAAUAGCCACCAGUAAGAGGGUGGGGAACACAUCAUAUGAAUCCUAUGACCGAGGAACACAGAAGAAUGCCUGGGUCACUGAAUCAGACGGGAAAACUCCUCUUCUGGGAGAGGUGUGGCCAGGAGAGACGGUAUUUCCCGACUACACGAGCCAAAACUGCAUCGACUGGUGGGUUGAUGAGUAUGAGCGAUUCUACAAAGAGAUCAAACACGAUGCCCUCUGGAUUGACAUGAAUGAAGUCGCAAAUUUCAAGAAAGGAUCAACUAAAGGCUGCAGCGAUAACAACCUCAACUACCCUCCCUACACUCCAAAGAUCCUGGAUGAGGUGAUGUACAGUAAGACUCUGUGUAUGGAUGCCAAACAGGCCUGGGGGAGUCACUAUGAUGUCCACAGUCUAUAUGGCUACUCAAUGGUGCUGGCUACUGAAAAAGCUUUGCAGCGCGUGUUUGGAGGAAACCGUACCCUGAUGUUGACCCGCUCCUCCUUCCCAGGUGUGGGAAAAUAUUCGGGUCAUUGGCUGGGGGACAAUGCUGCCAACUGGAAUGACAUCAAAUGGGCCAUCCCUGGCAUGCUAGAGUUCAGUCUGUUUGGGAUUCCCUAUAUUGGAGCCGAUAUCUGUGGGUUCUUUGACAACUCCAGUGAAGAGUUAUGUCGUCGCUGGAUGCAGGUGGGGGCUUUCUAUCCCUUCAGCCGAAACCACAACGCUCAGGGCUAUAAGCCCCAGGAUCCAGCUGCGUAUGGCCCCAGCUCAACCCUUGUGAAGAGCUCCAAACAUUACCUGAGGAUUCGCUACACCCUGCUGCCUUACCUCUACACACUCUUCUACAAAGCCCACACCACAGGAGAGACUGUUGUACGCCCAGUUAUGCAUGAGUUCUAUUCUGACAGAGCCACAUGGGACGUGGACCGCCAGUUCCUCUGGGGAAAACAUCUGCUCAUCACACCUGUACUGGACCCGGGUGUGGAAAUGGUGAAAGCUUAUGUCCCAGAUGCAGUGUGGUAUGACUAUGAAACGAUGGAGCGUAUUACACCACGAAGACAGCAUGUUGAAAUGCAUCUGCCACCUGAGAAACUGGGUUUGCACAUCAGAGGUGGCGCUGUUCUUCCCACACAGAGGCCUGAAGUCACCACCACAUACAGUCGGCUUAACCCCAUGGGUUUGAUUGUUGCUCUUGAUGACAACAACCAAGCAGCUGGAGAGCUAUUCUGGGAUGAUGGAGAUUCCCGAGAAACAGUUAAAAAUGGAAACCACAUCCACUACGAGUUCUCUGUUGUCUAUGGCAUCCUGAAAAUGCAAGUGAUCCAUGCUGGCUACAGUGACCCAAACAACCUUACAUUUGAAGACAUUACCAUCCUAGGAGUUCCUCAUCCUCCACUGUCUGUUUCGGUGACGCACGUUCAGACACAUGGAAACGUUAACACCAUCUUGCCAGUCACCAACAUACAAUAUGAUGAUGCCAAAGAGGUUCUGUUCCUGCGUAAUCUCUCUUUGACACUGGGGGAAACCUACGUUGUGGAAUGGGAGUUGGCACCAGAGGAGACCCAGCGCUUUGACUGCCAUCCAGAGGAGCAUGCUGAUGAGGCUAAAUGCAAGGCCAGGGGCUGCAUCUGGAAGCCAAGCAGCAUUGAGAAAGUUCCAUGGUGCUACUACCCUAAGGACUACGGAUACACAGUUACAACACAUGAGACAACCAACGCAGGCAUGGUGCUUGGUAUCAUUCGAAACAAAAAAUACAGGAGCAGUGCAUACAGCCUUGAAGGGUCACCAGACAUAGACUUUCUCCGCGUUGAAGUCCGUUACCACAGCAGUGACAUGCUGCAGUUCAAGAUCUGGGAUCCUUCCUCAGAGCGUUAUGAGGUUCCAGUGCCACUGAACGUCCCAUCUUCACCUGAGAUUGAUGAGAACAAGAGGCUUUAUAGGGUCGAUUACACCAUCAAACCAUUUGGCAUCAAGGUCAUAAGAAAAAGCACAGGAACAACAAUUUGGGACUCCGCAGUGCCAGGUUUUACCUUCUCAGACAUGUUCAUCCAAGUGUCUACUCGACUGUCAUCAGAGUUUGUCUAUGGCUUUGGAGAGACAGAGCAUCCCACUUACAAACAUGACCUUAACUAUCACACCUGGGGUAUGUUCUCCAAGGACCAGCCUCCUGGUUACAAGAAGAACUGCUACGGAGUGCAUCCUUUCUAUAUGGGCCUUGAGAAUACAGCCGAUGCACACGGUGUGCUACUGCUGAACAGCAACGCCAUGGAUGUGACCUUCCAACCUACCCCAGCUUUAACCUACCGAACCCUGGGAGGCAUCCUGGAUUUCUACAUGGUCUUGGGACCGACGCCUGAGAUGGUGGUGCAGGAGUACACUGCAUUGAUUGGACGACCUGUCCUACCUGCCUAUUGGUCCCUCGGGUUCCAGCUUUGUCGUUAUGGUUACGCCAAUGACACAGAAAUAGAAAACCUAUACAACGAUAUGAGGGCAGCAGGAAUACCCUAUGAUGUGCAGUACGCAGAUAUCGACUACAUGGAGCGUCAGCUGGACUUCGUUCUAGACCCAGAUUUUAGUGGAUUACCCAGUUUGGUUGACAAGAUGAGGGGAGAAGGAAUGAGAUUCAUCUUCAUACUGGAUCCAGCCAUUUCAGGCAAUGAGACGCGUCCUUACCCUGCAUUCGACAGAGGUCAAGCUGCAGAUGUCUUCAUCAAAUGGCCCAAAGAGAUUAGUGAUGAAAUUGUGUGGGGAAAGGUUUGGCCAGAUUAUCCCAAUGUCACAGUAAAUGAAGAUCUGGAUUGGGAUACCCAAGUAGAGCUGUACAGGGCCUACACUGCGUUCCCUGACUUCUUCCGCACUCAAACGGCACAGUGGUGGCAUCAAGAAAUUAAGGACUUCUAUAAUUUAAUGAAGUUUGACGGCAUCUGGAUUGACAUGAAUGAGCCGGCCAGUUUUGUCCAUGGCACAGUCGGAGGGAAAUGUCUCGGUAACCCUCUCCUAGAGAAUCCUCCGUAUAUGCCACCCCUGGAUUCUCAAUCUCUUGGCUUAAACCACAAGACCCUGUGCAUGAACAGUGAACAGAUACUCAGCAGUGGAAAACGAGUCAGACAUUAUGACGUGCACAACCUCUACGGAUGGUCACACACCAAACCCACCUACGAUGCCGUGCUGGAUGUGACGGGUCACAGAGGCAUCGUGGUCACCAGGUCCACAUACCCAUCCAGUGGAAAAUGGGCUGGACAUUGGCUGGGAGACAACUUUUCCAGCUGGGACCAGCUAUACAAAUCCAUUAUAGGCAUGAUGGAGUUCAGUCUGUUUGGCAUCCCUUAUACUGGAGCUGAUAUCUGUGGGUUCUUUAAUGAGGCUGAGUAUGAAAUGUGUCUUCGCUGGAUGCAGCUGGGAGCCUUCUAUCCAUACUCACGCAACCACAACGGCAAGGGUUCCCCAAGACAAGAUCCUGUUGCCUGGGAUGCAUUCUUUGCUGAGGCAUCGAGAGACGUCCUGAACAUCCGUUACACCCUCCUGCCCUACCUCUACACACUGAUGUUCGAGGCUCAUACCACAGGAAGCACGGUGGUCCGACCGCUGUUGCAUGAGUUUGUGAAUGAUAAAACUACAUGGAACAUCCAUAAACAGUUCCUCUGGGGUCCUGCUCUUCUCAUCACCCCUGCCCUCGACAAGGGAGCCAUACAAGUGGAUGGCUAUGUUCCUAAUGCACGGUGGUACGACUAUCACACGGCCAGAGAUGUUGGAGUGCGUGGACAGAUGGUACAGAUGCCAACACCAUUGAACCAUAUUAACCUUCAUAUCAGAGGAGGAUAUAUCUUACCCUGGCAGAAACCAGAGAACACCACAAGAUACAGUCGAACAAAUCCAUUAGGACUUAUUGUUGCCCUGAGUGACACUCAAACCGCCCAAGGAUCAUUCUUCUGGGAUGACGGAGAAGGAGUAGACACAGUUGAGAGGCAUGAAUAUCUGCUAACCUCCUUUUCAGUACAGUCGAACACCUUGUCCAGUGUAAUUAUCCACGAUGGCUUGGCUGCAGCUGACCGGUUGACUCUGGGCGAGGUGAAGAUCUGGGGUGCAGGCAGUGAAAGGAUCACACAGGUGACCCUAACAGACUCAGCUGGAGUAACGCAUCAGCUGACCCCAGACCACAACCUUGAGACUCAGGAGCUGAAAAUAGAUGCUACAUCUAAGUCAGUUCGAGUGGAUCUACCUUUUUCAAUAACAUGGACAACCGCCAUCUGAUCAACAGUUUAGAAUGUUCAACGGUUACUGUUCAUCUAAAAUAUGCACUGGUUCACCACAGCUAAACUAAAGAUACUUCAACAGAAAAUCAGCUAAGUGUACUGUGCUUAAAUGUCAUGUUAGAUUACUAUGAAUGUUGCUUUUUGCUUCAAGUCAUAACCUGUGUUUUUUGUACUGUAUCCUACUGUUCAGUUUAACUUUAAAUGGCUUGAGAAUAAAUAACUCUGAAAUGGAA